AUGUCAUUUGGACGACCACCGUCGAUAUCUACUGGCUUCAAGCCGACCGCUCCGGACAGGGGCUCUUUCCCUCUUGACCAUUUUGGGGAAUGCAAAGAGUAUAUGCAGCUCUAUCUUGACUGCUUGCGCAAGAACUCGAGCAAUUCGACGCCAUGCCGGGUUCUGAAUCGCGAGUACCUCGAGUGUCGUAUGCAGCGUGGAUUGAUGGAGCGUGACGACUGGAAAAAUCUAGGCUUGGCGAACGAGGGUUCUCGAGCUGCCGAUAAAGACGACCCUCACGUUAGCUCACCUCCAGCAGCAAAAACAUAG